AGGCUAUGGGGCUGUGGGAGGAUGUGGCUAGGCUGGGGCCCGGCCUUCCCGUCUCCUCCUCCACUUUCCUCGGGGCUGAGCCUCUGGAGACUGGAAUCGCCUGGUGACGCUGAAGCUCGGGACCUGCUUCUCCGCCCACGGGCCGCAGCAGAGCGCAGCCCAUGGGCGAGGGCAGCCUUUCUGCCACCCCUUAGGUGACGACGGCCAGGCAGGGAGGCUCGAGGUCCCCAGCCUCGCUGGCCAGUGAGAGCCCCAUCUUCCCGUGGGGGCAGGACGAGUGGGUGAGGAGGACUGAGAGGUGCCGCGUCUCGGAAGAUGCACUAUUACCGAUACUCCAGCGCCGAGGUCAGCUGCUGGUACAAGUACCUGCUCUUCAGUUACAACAUCGUCUUCUGGCUGGCCGGAGUCGUCUUCCUCGGAGUUGGACUAUGGGCAUGGAGCGAAAAGGGGGUGCUCUCCGACCUCACCAAAGUGACGCGGAUGCAUGGAAUCGAUCCGGUGGUGCUGGUCCUGAUGGUGGGCGUGGUGAUGUUCACGCUGGGCUUCGCAGGCUGCGUGGGGGCGCUGCGGGAGAACAUCUGCCUGCUCAAGUUUUUCUGCGGCGCCAUCGUGCUCAUCUUCUUCCUGGAGCUGGCCGUGGCCGUGCUGGCCUUCCUCUUCCAGGACUGGGUGCGGGACCGCUUCCGCGAGUUCUUCGAGAGCAACAUCAGGUCCUACCGCGACGACAUCGACCUGCAGAACCUCAUCGACUCCCUGCAGAAGGCCAACCAGUGCUGUGGGGCGUACGGCCCUGAAGACUGGGACCUUAACAUCUACUUCAACUGCAGCGGUGCUAGCUACAGCCGCGAGAAGUGCGGGGUGCCCUUCUCCUGCUGCGUGCCUGACCCUGCGCAAAAAGUCGUGAACACGCAGUGUGGAUACGACGUCAGGACUCAGGUGAGUCCGGCGUCAGGAGUUCUCCGGGUGUGUUCCCUGUGGUCCAGCUUCCUGAUUUAGCCCGGGUGCCAACUGGAGUGGGAAACCAGGAUGCGACCCAGAGGUGCCGUCUGAGCGGAGCACAUGUGCUCCCUUCCUUGUUGGUGGCAGCAGGACUCGGGGACAGCAAGGGCCGUGAUUUCCAGCCCCAUGGACUGUAGCCACAAACCUAGCCAUUGCUGCAUUAGUGGAAAGAGGUCGGACGAGAGUUCUGGGCGACAGACUCUGAGAUCCGGGUGUCUGUGACGUAGGAUCCUGGAUGCAGCUGCGCAAGCAUGGGGCUUGCUCCAGUCGCCGUCCGGGGGCAGCGUGACAGCAGGAGGGCGUGGGGUCUCAGGGCAGGAGCAGGCCCCGUCCUCCAGGACUUUCCACAGGCCGCAGGGAUGUGCACCUGGAUGAGCAGAGUCCACCCUGGUCCUCGCUCUGGUACCUGUGGUGAUGAGUGACUGCUGUUCUGAAGGGGGGGUGUCUCGGGGAAUCACUGGACGCCCUUCUUGCUGGCCGUGCCACGCGGGACGUGUCCCUCCAGUGUGGGAAACCUGCCGCCGCCCUGCAGUGGCCUCCGUUUCACAGGGAGGGGCCCAUGUCCACCUCAGCUGCUGUCUCCACUUAGGAAUCUCGCUGCCCCUGGAUCAGUUUCUGGGGCUGCCGUCGAAGUACCCAGAGUGGCUUAAGCGGCAGAAGUCAUGUCCUCAGCAUUCUGGAGGUUAGGGGUCCAGACCCAGUGUCUGCAGGGCUGGUUUCUCCUGAGGCCUCCCUCCUGGGCCCAUGGACAGAGCCUCCUGCCUGUGUCCUCACAUGGUCUUCCGUGUCUGCAUCCUGCAAGGACACAGGCCUGUUGGAUGGGGGCCUGUAUGACCUCAGGUUAACUUGUUCACCUCUGUAUUGGCACUGUCUCCAACCAUAGUCACGUCCUGAGGCCCUGGGGUUAGGACUUGGACGUGUGAGUUUGGGGGACGCAGUCCAGCCCGACACCACUCCAGAGAGCUCCUGUCCCAUCUGCAUUGGGCUGGGCAGUGAGGCCCGGGCUGGCUGCUGUGCAGGUGGUGGGCAUGUAUGCCUUGGGAGAUCCCGCGCUCAGGAGCCGCCAUCAGGAGGCAGGAUGGGAGGGAGCCAGGUGGCACAUCUCUGGCUCCUGGUGCCAGCCUCCUCAGGCUGGGGACAGUCUGAGCAGCCACUGUCCGUCCGUCCUUCUGGCCAGCUCCCCAGAUGACACUGAGCCCCCUUCUGGCUUCUACCCCUAAAGGCCCCUCUUCCUCUCCAAGCCCCACCCCCUUUCUCCAGGGGUGGGCUGUGAGGAACGGGGACUGAGCUGACCUUUAGGUCUGUCGGGGGCCAGCCCAGUGGCCUGAGUUCAGUGUGCUCAGCUUUGGGGACCCGGGUUCCCUUCCCGUUCCUGGCGCAGACCUACACCACUCAUCUACUAGCAGUGGUGCUGUGGCAGCGGCUCACAUACAGAAAGAGGAAGAUUGGCACAG